AUGGGCUCUGCCUUCUCCAGCCCGCGCCCUUGGGCUGUCCUUACGGGCUCAUCGACCUGCUCAACCUCCAGCAAGGCUCCCACAUCAGCCGCAUCGCCACCUGCCAAGUUCGACUACAGGGCCCUGGCGCAGCCAACCACUGCCAUCGAGCCCACACUCAUCUACGAGACGUGGAAGACGCCUUCCGGCUCAAACUCUUCGCGACCGGCACUGUCGGAGCCACCUCCGCGCCGCGCCGCGUGUGCAAUGUCCGCCGGCUACGCAACCUGCUACAAAUGCCCUGGCAAGAGGUCCACCGUCGGGAAAACAGCCAUCCACGACGCCCGCCAGCACGAUGGCCGCGGCCCAUCCGCAAGGGAGAGGGCCACCGACGGCGCCGGCUCCGCUUCCGUAGCGAUGGCUGCAGGGCAGGACGCCUGCACGCCACGACAGCUCGACCGCGCUCGCGAGCUCAAGGAAGCGUGCGCAGCGUACGUGGCGCUGUCGGAAGACUGCAGAGCCACCUUUCGCGACGACCUGGCCGAGCGAUGCGACGACUGGCUGCGCCUCUUCGGCUCAAAGGUUUCCGAUCCGCCCCUGGCGCGCGCGUCCCUGGUCAACUUCGAGCUCUCUGUCGAUAUUGGCGACAUCUCCAACAACUUCGACCUUUUCCCCUACGGCUUUGCGGCGCGCAGCGGCGACAGCGACAGGUACCGCCAAGAGAUCGACUUCAUCUUCAAUCAGCACCGCUGCUACUUUGAGUGCAUCCGCCUGCACAGUCAGAGCGUGUGGCACUACCUGAACCAUCAGAUGAAGUCCGUGCGGAAGCGCUGCCCGACCACAUCGACGCACGUGGCGCUGCUCGAGGCGAUGGUGGCGGUCAAGGUGGAGCUCCUCUACCGCAUCAAGAAGCAGGCCUCGGUCAAGCUGCCCAGGAACACGCUCGAGCACUCCUCAAGUCGGUAUGGCCUCCAGGCGGUGGCGGCCACGUUCGCCUGGCUGGUGCGCAACUACCCGCUGGAAGCGAUCUUGGAGCCCACGCGGCGACUCCUCCUCCCGAUCUACGAGCGAGCGAUCGUGGACCUGCUCGACGACUGCCGGCACCUCGAGGCGCUGCUCGGCAUCCUGCCGGACCGCUUCGCCUGCUUUUGCUGCACCGUCUGCGAGCGCAAGGAGGCGGGGCGAGACAGCCGGAGCCGGACCUUCUUCAGCAAAGCGGGGCACCUCCUCGAUGCGCUCGCCAUGAGCGUCGCCACCUGCCCCUCGGAGACGGCGCGUCAGAGGCGCCGCAGCUACCUCGCCCUGGCGUGCCGCGUCGUGCGCAAAAAGCACCGCGACCUCUGCAGGGAGCUUGACAUGAUCCGCACCAGAGACCCGCUGGCUUACCACCGCGUGCAGCUCAGACGCCGCGGGGUGGCCGCAGCCACCGAGACGGGCGAGGUCAUCGACGACGUCUACCGCGUCGUCGAGCCGCGCCACUUUGAGACUCUCUUCAGUGGCGACCUCCUGGGCAAGAUCCUCUUUCGAUGA